UCUGUGUGUUUGGGAGUUGGGAGUUCCUAAAGUUUCGGAGAGGGAGGCGGGAGCCUAGCGCUGCUCUUCUUCACUCUGCACUCGGCGCUCCACGCAGGCAGAGCAGGCAUCACCUCAACAGGCGCACACCCGCACCGCCGAGCAAGGACGCAACCACACACACAGACACACACACACACACACACACACACCUGGGACCUGUUUAUCUGGGAGCACAGGGGAGUGUCUGCCUACCUCUGCUGUGCACAACCUGACCUUGGACCUGGAGGAGAGAUAGAGAGACACAGACACCGACAGCAAGAGGCAGAGAGAGAGAGAGAGAGAGAGAGAGAGAGAGAGAGAGAGAGAGAGAGAGAGAGAGAGAGAGAGUGAGCUAAAGGGAACAAGCGGACGCUCUUAUGUUCGUGGAGAGCUGUGUCCCGGGUGAGGGGAGCAGUGGGGGGAGUUGAGCAGUCAGUGAGGUGGGAGAGGGGUGGCGGGGGGGCGGGGGUCGCUGUUGAUGUUGAAGCCGACCGGCCCGUGCCGCUCCGUACGGGCUGGGGUCCGGAGCGUCUCCACGGGGGGCUGGUCCUGCGCGCCUGCCUGCUGCUCACGGCGUUCUCCGUGUGCGCCCACGUCUACCUGGAGCGGGCCCGGGGCGGUGGAGCGUCGCCGGCCCCCCUGGCCGCCAGCGCGGCCCGCUCGGGACGUCCCACCCUGGCGUCCCACCCUGGGGAGGGCAGACCCGGGGCCGGGACCCCGAGGCCGGGUCGGCCCUCAGGCGGAGGGCGUCCUACGUGCGUGACGGAGCGCCGAAGAUGAAGGACCCCUCGUUGUCCCGGGUGAUGGAGGAAGGCGGAGAAGGGCGUCCGCAGCGCCGCCCGCACAAAAAGGCUCUGCGCUGGCGCAUUGAGCUGGAGCCCUGGGCGAGCGAGCAGCAGUCCCUGGAGGACGAGGCCGGGCGCUUCCUCCACUACAUCACCACGCCGCAGGUGUCCUGUGGCUCCCUGGCCAAUGGGAAGGCAGAUGAGGGUGAGGGGUCUCUGGGGGCCUGGGCCGUCUGUCUGGAUCAGAGCUACAGCCUGUGGCACAAGGUCCACAGCAAGCACUGCAGGAUCUAUUCUCUGGGACUGGGUAUGGAGGAGCGGGCCCUGGAGGGCUUCCUGGCCCAGGCGGGCUGUGAGGUCCACUGCUUCGACCCCAGCCUGAAGCAGCCCCACCGCCAGCAGCAGCCCCGUCUGUGGCUGCACCGCCUCUCCGUGGACUGGAGGGACCCCCCCCAGGCCGCGCGGGCCCAGCGCCACAAGCACGCCAGCACCAAGAAACUGGCCGCCGUCCUCAACGACUUUGGACACAGAGAGGUGGACGUGCUGAAGGCGGACAUGGAGAGCGCCGAGUGGAAGAUCCUGGAGAACCUGGUCCUGGAGGGCGUCCUGGACCAGGUGGGCCAGCUGCUGCUGGAGGUCCACCUCCACUGGGCGGGCUUCGAGGUGGGCGGCCACGACCCUGCCGUGGUGCGCUACUGGUUCAGCCUGCUCCAGGAGCUGCACCGGGCCAGCUUCCGCCUCUUCCGUUGCCACAGCGACCCGGCCAAGCCGCACGUCUUCCUGCACAAGAACGUGCUGAACGCCAGCAGCACUUACACCCUGGGCUUCGUGAACACCCAGUGGAAACCGUGAGGAAUACUGAGCCAAAACACACGUUGUUUGUUGGAAGUUGGAGGUACUCCAGAGGACAAAAGGGAAAAAGUAAAGUGAGAUAAAAGGUUUCUCCAGAUAUUAACCCGAGUCUUACUCACCCAUGAGGUUUAAGUCUUGCAGCGAUUCCCAUCCCACCUUCUCCUAUAUGUCUAUGGGCCUGCAAUGACCUCAGCGGUGUCGUACUCCCUUGUUCGUAUUCAUUCCCUUGACUGCAUCGGCUCACCUGCAACCAACCACAGCAACAGUCCUAGACGGUGUGUGGGCUGAACGCAGCACCACCAAGCAGGCAUCGAGACCACACCAGCAGGCUUUGUGCCCAGAAAGAAAAGGAGCCGUAUUUGUUUGUCAUCACGUUAAGGUGGUUGAGGGCUGUCAGUAUAAACUGCACGGAACACGGACCGGGUAAUGGAGGUACCUGAACGGUUCCUGUAGCGCUAUCAAGUGCAGGAUGUCGUUAACAUAGAUAUCCGAAUUGAGGAAAGAUCUGGGACCGCCUUUUGCAGUGAGAACAGACCGGAUGAGAGCAUGUUGUCAAUACUGUGAGGGCUGCUUUGACUUUUAUUGUUCUUCCAAGAAAUUAGUGGGAGCUGGAAUAGAACGCUGCGCUGCUGUAGCAGCUAUACAAAGAGAAAAUAAAAGACUGACAGAAAAAUGUACUUCAAUGAUGACUACGCUUAUCAUACAUUUUGGUUACCCAAUAGGAAAUGUCACUUUGGCUGCCAAUAAGCAGUUGCACCAUUCCAUCUGCCCUCUCUCUCUCUCUGCCAGGCCUUGUGAUCUAUAAUCUCUGUCAUUGCAGAACAUGAGUCACCAGAAUUUAUUAGAAAAUACUCCACUAGAUUGACAACGUAGGAAUAAUUUCCCAGUCCAUUAUCAUUGUUAUGCUAAUAAUUUACAGCAGUUCAAAGAGAACGAAAAGGGUUUUUUCUUUAUUUUCUUUGGGAAGGCUAUUAAGCAGCUUUCAUGGUUAAGAGGAAGAAAUAGCCACAAACGAAUUGGAGGCCAAUAAACUGUACAAAAUGUUUAUUAUAACCAAUGUCCAGGAACACAUACAAAAAAAAAGUAUUACAUCUUCCAUUAAACAGUAGAGUACAUCGGCAAAUAAAAGCGAAAUCAGUUCAUAAUUUUAAUGUAGACGCUGUGUGUUUAAUAAGAAGCAUGAACACGACGCGAUACAAAAAUACACUUCUAUGAUCAGACUGGAUACCAGCCCUGCUUCUGCCUGCUGUCCCCUC